GGGCGUCCAGAGCGUCUGCGGGGCCUCUCAGGCUCCUCCUGCUCGCCCGGCCCGGCGCCUGCGCACGGCCUCCCGCGCAGAGCUGACUGUCCCCUGGCCGCCACCACUCGGCAUGGGCGCCGCCGGAUCGUCCGCGCUGGCCGGCCUGGGCCUCCCCGCGCCGCGCCUCCCCGCGCACCCCGGGGCGCGCUGGCUGGGCGCGGCGGCGCUGGGCCUGGCCGCGCUGGUCCUGGGCACCGCGGCCUGGAGACGGGCGCGCCCCGGGCGGCGCCGGCGGCUGCAGCAGGUGGGCACCGUGGCGCAGCUCUGCAUCUACCCCGUCAAGUCCUGCAAGGGGGUGCCGGUGAGCGAGGCCGAGUGCACGCCCAUGGGCUUCCGCUGCGGCGACCUGCAGGACAGGUUCUGGCUGGUGAUCAAAGAGGAUGGACACAUGGUGACAGCCCGGCAGGAGCCCCGCAUGGUGCUGGUCUCUGUCACGCCCGAGCAAGACCGCCUGGUCCUCACAGCCCCGGGCAUGGACCACCUGAUUAUUCCCACCAAGCAGCCCCCCUCAAACAAGCUUCACAACUGCAGGCUCUUUGGUCUCGACAUCCAGGGCCGGGACUGUGGCAACGAGGCCGCCCGAUGGUUCACUGACUAUUUUAAAACGGAAGCUUACAGGCUGGUUCAGUUUGAAGAGAACAUGAAGGGGAGACAGUCAUGGAAGAUUUUCCCUGAUUUUGUGCAGAAAUACCAGGUGGCCUACCCGGACUGCAGCCCCGUCCUGAUCAUCUCGGAUGCCUCCCUGGCUGACCUGAACACCAGGCUGGAGAAGAAAGUCAAGAUGGAGUAUUUCAGGCCAAAUAUUGUGGUGACCGGCUGCAAGGCUUUCGAGGAGGACACCUGGGAUGAACUCCUGAUUGGCAACGUAGAGAUGAAAAAGGUUUUGGCCUGUCCCAGGUGCAUCAUGACCACUGUGGACCCAGAUACCGGCGUGAUUGACAGGAAGGAGCCGCUGGAAACCCUGAAGAGCUACCGGUUGUGCGACCCCUCUGAGAAGCCCAUUUACAAGUCAUCCCCGCUUUUUGGAAUCUAUUAUUCGGUGGAGAAGGUUGGAAACCUGAAAGUUGGAGACCCUGUGUAUCGGAUGGCUUAGUGGGGCUUUGCUGGAGGACACGGCUUCAGCAUCUGGGACAUCAAGCAGGACAGUGGCCAUAUUCAGGAAUCUGAUCACCAGUCUCGGACCAUCCUGAUCGUAGCCGGGUGUCUUCAUUUCUGAUUUUCUGGAGUUAAGCGUGCUCCGUGUUAAUGCAAGGAAAUCAAGAGGUGAUGGGGGGGGUUGUGAGAAGGUACAGAGGUUUUAGGUAAGGAAGACUCUAAAUAAAUAUGAUUGCCUGUGAGGUCAUCUUGAAUAUCCUCAUAGCUGUGCCACUUCUCUAAGCCCUGAUGCUAAUCAUGAAGAGAAAAAAGUGAUGUUUAAAAAAACUAAUAAAACACCAGCAGUUUCCUUUUUUAAAAGAAAUGUUCACAUUUAAAAAUACUUGUCUGUCACCCUGUAUAUUAGGAGCAUGAAACCCACAGGUUUCCCGACAGGCCUCUCUGUGUUCACACACUCACACAUCCUGCUGCCAAAGCCACUUUGUCUGGCUCUUGAAUCCUGUCCGGUCUUCAUAGGUGUGUUCUGACCUGGCUUCUCUGGAGCCAGGGUGUCCUUGAGGAAGGGCAUUAUCUUAAAGGCCACAUUUUAACAUUCUGCUGGGUGUGUGUGUGUGUGUGUGUGUGUGUGUGUGUGUGUGUGUGUGUGUGUGUGUUUAUCUGCCAGAUAUAACACCUGAAUUCCAGGAUUCCAGGAAUCUGGGAUAAAGGAGAGGGUGGGAGCUGAAAAUAGGAAGGAACUGUGAGAGGAAGAUGCAGGAGGAAUGAACACACUUUUUCCCCCCCCUUUCUCCUUCUUCUUUUAGUUGCAAAUGAUAGUUUUGUAACCAAGAGAAAUGAACUAUUUUGGUAUACCUAAACAAAAAUUCUUACUGACACCCUGCCAGUGAAUGAACUUGCUCUUCCUUUUGUGGCUGCUUUGAUAUUAAUAAAUGGGAACCUCAGGUGUA